CACAACUCCUAUUACUCAACUUUUAUGGUUGUUUGAGAACUAUAAUGCCUUUAGACAGUUCAAGUGAAGCCCAUUUACUCAUGAGAGGAAUAUAAGCCACAUUCGGAGAGUGAAACUCAGUAUGCAGUGUACUGAUAUCACCUCCAGAAAGAGAGGGAAUGACACAAGAAUGGACAAAAGAAUAAAUCAGAAAUUAUUUCCUGAACCCAGCUGUGUGUCCAUGAAGAGUAACCAGUCAAUAGAUGAUGUCAUUAACUUUAGUUUAGGAGACUCAUCUGCUGAUUUGAGAAAACUCAGUGUGGAGGAAGAGGAUGAAGGCCAAAGCAAAGUCAAUCAUAGGUUUCCAAACAGGACAUUGCUUGUCCAGGGAAAAGCAAACCAAACAGACCUCACUACUAUGCUACAGAAAAAAUGUAUCCCUAUGUGUUUGCAAAAAUACAAAUCCAGACUGGGAGAGAAAUUCCAGUGGCUCAAUGAUGGAAUAUCAUAUCAAGGGAACUUAACACUUUUGAAUGGGAUCUAUACAGAAAUCUUCAUCACAGAGGGAAACAGUGGAGAGGUCAACAAUGAACAUGAGGUGAGACAGAUUGAGAUGUUCAGAAGGCUAGAAAAGCAGGAAAUAUCAAUUAAAUGCAAUGACAUCUUUAAACCCGCACCUGGACAAUACAAACCCAUCAGAAGUGUGUUGACAAAAGGAGUUGCUGGCAUUGGAAAAACAGUGUCAGUACAGAAGUUCAUUCUGGACUGGGCUGAGGAAAAAGCAAACAAUGACGUGCACCUCAUAUUUUCACUUCCUUUCAGGGAGCUGAAUUUAAUGAAGGAGGAAAAUAUCAGUCUAAUGGAGCUUCUCCAUCGAUUUUUCUCAGAUAUCGAGGAACUGAGAUCAACAGACCUUGAUCAUUAUAAAAUUUUGUUUAUCUUUGAUGGGCUUGAUGAGUGUCGACUUCCUUUAAAUUUCCAAACUAAUCAGACGUUGUCUGAUGUCACACAAUCAGCUUCAAUGGAUGUGUUGCUGACCAACCUCAUCAAAGGAGAGCUGCUUCCUUCUGCUCUCAUAUGGAUAACCUGUCGACCAGCAGCAGCCAGUCAGAUCCCUUCUGAGUGUGUUGAUCGGGUUACAGUGGUACAAGGAUUCAGUGAUCCUCAGAAAGAAAUGUAUUUCAGGAAGAAGAUAAAUGAUCAGAGUCUGGCCAACAGAAUCAUCUCGCAUAUCAAAUCAUCAAGAAGCCUGUAUAUCAUGUGUCACAUACCAGUCUUUUGCUGGAUUUCAGCCACUGUUCUAGAGGAAAUGUUGGACAAAGCAGAGAGUUCAGUGAUCCCCAAAACUCUCACUCAAAUGUUCACACACUUCUUGAUCUUUCAGACCAAAUUGAAGACCCAGAAGUAUGAUGAGAGAAGUGAGGUAGAUCUUCAGCAGGCCAAAAGAACAAUUUUUUCACUGGGCAAAUUGGCUUUUGAACAACUGGAAACAGGCAACCUGAUUUUCUAUGAGGAGGACCUGAGACAAUGUGGCAUUGAUGUCAGAGAAGUGUCAGUGUACUCAGGAGUCUUUACCCAGAUCUUCAGAGAGGAGAUUGGGUUGUGUCUAGGGAAAGUGUACAGCUUUGUGCAUCUGAGCAUUCAGGAGUUUUUUGCUGCUUUAUUCAGGUUUCUCUCCUUUGUUUCUGAUACAAGGUCAGAAAUAACCCAUUUUCAGAAAAAGGAAGUGGACAAGGCUUUGCAGAGUGAGAACGGACACUUGGAUCUUUAUCUACGCUUUCUUCUGGGUCUCUCCCUGGAGUCCAAUCAGAGUCUCUUGCAAAGUCUAUUGAGACAGACAGGAAAUACAACUCACAGCAAUCUGGAAAUUACUGUGUACAUCAAGGAGAAAAUCAGGGAAAAUCCCUCCCCAGAAAAAUCCAUAAAUCUGUUUCACUGUCUGAAUGAACUGAAUGAUCAUUUACUACAGCAAGAAGUCCAAACAUACCUGAAGGGAUCUCAUAUUAAUCGUCUUGCUGAUGUUAAGCUGUCUCCUGAUCAGUGGUCAGCUUUGGUGUUUGUGUUACUGAACUCAGAAGAGGAGCUUAAUGAGUUUGAACUAAGUAAAUACCAUCAAUCAGAAGAAGGUCUUCUGAGGCUGCUGCCAGUGGUCAAAGUAUGUAGAAAAGCAAAUCUGAGUGGCUGUUUUCUCACAUGGAGAAUCUGUUCAGCUCUGGCCAAAGCUCUUAGAAAUUUGAGAGUGCUGAACCUGUGUCAUAAUAACCUGCAAGAUUCAGGAAUGAAGCUGCUCUCUGCUGGACUAAAGAACUCUUACUGUAAACUCAAGACAUUAAACCUGUACAACUGCAGCAUCGGGGAGGAGGGUUUUGAUGCUCUUAUUUCAGCUCUGAGAUUAAACCCCUCACACUUGAGAGAACUGGAUGUGAGCUGGAAUAAACCAGGUGUCUCUGGAGUUAUGUUGCUCUCUGAUCUACUAAAGGAUCCACACUGUAACCUGGAGAAACUACAGCUAUGUAACUGUGAUAUUAGAGAGGAAAGUUUUGCUGUUCUGGCUUCAGCUCUGAGAUCAAACUCCUCACUCCUGAGAGAACUGAACCUCAGCUCUAAUAAACCAGGAGAUUCAGGAGUGGAACUGUUGUCUGAUGUACUGAAGGAUCCACACUGUAAACUGGAAAAACUACAGCUGUCUGAUUGCAGUAUUAAAGAGAAAGGUUGUGCUGUUCUUGCUUCAGCCCUGAGAUCAAACUCCUCACACCUGAGAGAACUAAAUCUGAGCUAUAAUAAACCAGGAGAUUCAGGAGUGAAACUGCUCAAUGAUCUGCUGGAGGAUCCACAGUGUAAACUAGAGAAACUACAUUUAUUACCUCACCUGCCGUAAGUCACACAUGAACCUGAUGUCACUGACACUAACUACAAAAAACAAACAACUUUCUUCUGACUGAGAGACCUGAGUGCCCCACACUGGACAAACAUCUGAACUGACCCAGCACCAUUCAACAAAAAGGCUGCCAGAGCUUUUUGAACACAAAAGUUGUGUGUUAUUAUUAGUGUUGUAGAUGAUAAAUGCUGUCAUAUCUCCUCAAGAUUGUAACUUAGCUACUUACGAAUGUGAAUUAUGUAAUUCAGCUUAUCAAAAAGUUUGGUAAGGCUGGCUAAUAAUAUUAUUUAUAUUAGUGUAAUGUAAGUGUAAUGUAUAAUUUAUAGAAUUUUGUAUUUGCAACAGUGAGAUGUGUUGUGAGGAUUGAGUGUAUGCAUCUGUUUAAUGGUAUGUGGAUUGUUUGUUGAACAACUGUGAACAGACACUGUCAUGCAAGAAGAAUUCGUCUGACAAUAAGUAUCAAACCAUAUUAUCAAAUUCUUUACAUGUUAUAUUGAUUAAUGUAAUUAAUAAAAAAAAAAAUUAAAAUAGUAAAUAAUUGCAUAUCAAUAUAUGCAGAGAAACAAAACAAAUCUACUUUUUUAAAUAUGUAAAUACAAUUUAAAGUUGAUAGAUACUAGAUAUUUGGGCAUUUAAAUUAAUUUAAUUUAAUUUAAUAUCCAUACUGUCAGUAAAAUUUAGAUUAGAAAAAAAACAAACAGAUUUUAUGAUAACAUUUUGCAUAAUCAUUGUGGGAAAAGUUAUUUUGGUCAAAGUCAGGCAAAUAAAUGUAAGUACAUAACGCCUUUAAAAUUAAUACUGUUCAGCAUUUUAAGUCAGUAGGAUUAAUAUCUUUACACAAAAGGCUUUAAAUACUAGGAAUGACCUUAAGUGCUGAUCACACCUAAUUGUUGUGAAAUAAGUACUACAUAUAUAGACAAAAUGGCCACCCUGAGCCAAUGAAUCAACCAACUGUAAUAGCAUCAAAUGACAACUUUCAUUUGUUUAUGAUUUAUUGAAAUCAAUGCAAAAAAUGGUGUAUUAGUAACAGGUUACUUUAUGUUUAAUAAGUAUUGAUGAAUGAAAUGACAUGGUCAAUUUUAAUUUACUGUAUUCAUUAAUAUUCUUGCUGAAUGUUGCCCUCUAAGCAAUACAGUACUAUAUUGAAAAAUACAAGAAGUCUAAAUGAAAGUAUGCAUCAUAUUCAAAAAGUAAAAUGUGCAAUAUAUAAAUGCAUUUUCACUUCAUCAAAAGAAAAUAACAGACCUAAACAGCAAAAACAUACCUGUUUCAAGCAAUGUAGAAUUUUAAGCACUAGAAUUUUAUAAUUUGUAAGUACUCAGAACUUAUAACGUUGUUGUUAUUUUUAAAUGUACAGAUAAUCAUAGCCUAAAUAAAAGAUUAUUAUGA